AUGGAAUGCAGAUGGGUUACAGACAACCCUGGCACCGAGUGUAGCAAAUGCCCCGGGAGUGUAGUGCACUCGGACGGCGAUAAGCUAUGUUCGGCGUGCCACAGGUCUCCGAAUGACGACGGUUUCACGCACCUCCGCCCGGACCGGUUAGGACGAGCAGUUGACUUCCUGGCCGCGUGGACACCAGGCGAGAAAACCCUCCCUCCAGCUCUCGUGCGAGACUUAAGGCCCAGCAAUGACUGCCUCUGCCAACGCCCAGAUUGCAUCCUAGCUUUUUUCGCCGGGGAAGAAAGGAAGGCAGAAUCUCGCGUUCGCGGUUCUUGUGGGAACCGGAAAUUUGGCAAGAGCAGCGUAAGGUGGUACCCCGUGGAUGCUGCAGACGACGACGUCGCGGAGGGGAACGCAGCGGUGAGCGAUGGCCUUUGGUGGUGCGGCCGUUGCUAUCAGAAGCGGUUGGACGGACUAAAGAGAGACGAGAAACAGCCAGAGCACCCAGCGAACAAUGCGCAUGGAUCGGCGGGUGAGGCGGUGGCGCCUCCAGAUCCGUUGGACACGGUGCGCACUAUGGUGGAAGAAAUCCUCCGUCGAGGUGAGAUCCUAUACUGGCAGGACGUCGCCGACUGGCCACCACCCAGCCAGCUAGCGGAUAUGGGCAGGUCUCUCAAGUCGAUCCUGGAGCAAGUCGAGAAGGACAAGGAGGACGCAGACGCAAGGAUGUCCGUCGUGCGGGCAGCUGGUAGAAUUAUUCGAGCCGACAUGGAGAGUAAGCCUGCCCUGAAGAACACCCCCGGGACACGUUUGAAGCAUCGCUGCGCCAAUGAGUUGGACAUGAAAGUAAAGCCACCCAGAGAGACUCUGCUAUCCUCGUUUCCUCCGGCCUUGGUUGGGUUGUACCAAAGCAUGACGCACAUGGCACUGUAUCGCGAGAUCAUCGCAUCAGAGACCGAGCAUCCUGGAAAGCCCUGGGUAUGGGAGACCGCAGGGCGAGACGGACGGCACCCUACCACCUCGGGCGACUCGGAGGGCGAGGACGGUGAUGGAGAAAAGAAGAACGACGUCAGUCAAGGAGAAGUGACAGUGUCGUUAGGGCCACGAACCGAGGAACAGGCCAGGCAUAUCGACAGCCUUACCCGCGACAGGCGAUCUGCGCAUGGUAGGCUUCUAGUGAUGUGUACGGUGGUGGUGAAGGCAAUUUUGCGUGGUCGGCACAUGGGUUCGCACGACAUCAAAGGGGCUCAGUGGGGAAAGUCUAAGAGUACGUGUCGCGAUGUGAUCAANUCGUUAGGGCCACGAACCGAGGAACAGGCCAGGCAUAUCGACAGCCUUACCCGCGACAGGCGAUCUGCGCAUGGUAGGCUUCUAGUGAUGUGUACGGUGGUGGUGAAGGCAAUUUUGCGUGGUCGGCACAUGGGUUCGCACGACAUCAAAGGGGCUCAGUGGGGAAAGUCUAAGAGUACGUGUCGCGAUGUGAUCAACUUUGUAGCGGAGCACGGUUUGUGGGCGACGACGUCGCAAACUCAGCACCGAGAAGAUUUCCACGCGAGGUUCGUAGAGGACAAGGACCUUCUGAGCCAGGACGCCGAAUGCGCCGCCAUUCCCCUCAACAACUAUGAUUUUGACCCGAGGGUCAGAGUUGGCCAGAGGGAGGGGCCUCAUCUUCCCUUUAUCGCUGCGACGGCCUUGACGGUAGGGCCCGACGUAGGUCGAAUGGACGACUGGUGGUUGGUAAGGAGUCGGGGAUCUCUUACGGUGGAGGACGUCAUUCUGGGGCCGGAGCGAGACCGGGAGGACGGAGCACGGCGGUAUAACGAGUUUUCGGCGGAACUCUACCGCGGCGUAUUCACUGAGGCGCGUGCUUCGCUUCCGUUGGAUGCAGUCAUCCGUCAAAUACGACGACCCUGGGAUGCAAGAUAUCAGGCGGACUAACAGAAGCCUGACGUUGACCAGCCGGCUAGCGCGCGCGUUUCCUCCCCUGUAUUUUCCUACCCAGUUGCGCAGGGAAGUGGACGGGGGAGAUUCUUUUCCCUUCGGCCGCGCUGGGUGUCCGUUGUUUUUUGGCAUGGUACUUUGUUAGUCGCAAACUGCCUGAAAGGUACGGGGAUGCUGUGUGCGUUCCGGGCCUGUGUCGUACU